AAGUGCAUAAGUUUGUUCAAAUUAGUUUAAGUCUAAUUUAUUAGCCAAACAAAUAAAGCCAUGUCGUUUGCGGAAAAGAUAACGAGUUUGCUGGCACGGCCGAACCAACAAGAUCCAGUCGGACCGGAGCAGCCCUGGUACCUUAAAUAUGGCAGUAGAUUGCUGGGCAUUGUGGCCGCCUUCUUUGCCAUACUCUUCGGCCUGUGGAAUGUUCUGUCCAUUAUCACACUCAGUGUGUCAUGUCUGGUGGCGGGCAUUAUACAAAUGGUGGCAGGGUUUGUCGUGAUGGUCCUGGAGGCGCCCUGCUGCUUUGUCUGCAUCGAGCAGGUGAACGGGAUCGCGGAUAAGGUAGACUCCAAGCCCAUGUACUUCCGGGCUGGACUCUACAUUGCCAUGGCCACUCCGCCCAUCUUCAUGUGCUUUGGAUUGGCCAGCUUAUUCGGCAGUGGUCUAAUCUUUGCCACCGGCGUGGUCUACGGAAUGAUGGCGUUAGGCAAAAAAGCUUCUCGGGAGGACAUGGAUAUGAGGGCAGCUGCUGCUCAACAAACCUAUGGAGGCAAUACGGCCGCUCAGACCACCAACGAUCGAGCGGGCAUUGUGAACAAUGCCCAGCCCUUCUCCUUCACCGGCGCCGUGGGCACGGAUAGCAAUGUGUGAUCCAGAAAAUCAAGACAAAUCGUUGGGAAAGGUGUGCCGUGAGAAAACAAGACUCAAAACGCAACAUUUAAAGGGCAAACCUAAACCAGGAGAACACACACAUAAACACUUCAGCGGGCAGUCUAAAACAUAAUCAUGUGCAAU